GAGGCUCUUUCACGAAUCGACGUUACCGUUCCUCAUCCAUAUCGAUCUAUCAGCCGCCAAAAAACCCUAGCGAACUUAACCCUAAAUCCGACGCGGCGUUCUGCGCUCGUCAUGGCGACGACGAACUCGCCGAAUCUUGAGUGUCGGAUGUACGAGGCACGCUUCCCGGAAGUGGAUACAGCGGUAAUGAUUCAGGUAAAGAGCAUCGCUGAGAUGGGUGCCUACGUCUCUUUACUCGAGUACAACAACAUCGAGGGCAUGAUACCCUUUAAUGAGUUAUCUCGCCGCCGCAUCCGCAGCGUCAACUCUCUCAUCCGCGUAGGCCGCCAGGAGCCCGCCAUGGUCGUCCGGGUCGACCGCGAUAAGGGCUACAUCGAUCUCAGCAAGCGCCGAGUCUCCGAGGAGGACGUUCACGCCUGUGAGGAGCGCUACAACAAGAGCAAGUUAGUUCACUCCAUCAUGCGUCACGUCUCCGAAACUGUCGGCAUCGAUCUGGAGGAUCUUUAUAUCCACAUCGGCUGGCCGCUGUACCGCAAAUUCGGUCACGCCUUCGAGGCGUUCAAGUUGAUCGUCUCGGAUCCCGAUUCGGUACUGGAACCGCUCACUAAGGAAGUAAAGGAAAUUGGGUCGGAUGGGCAAGAGGUGACGAAGGUUGAACCCGCUUUGACAGAGGAAUUGAAGGAUGCCCUUGUGAAGAAUAUCAGGAGGAGGAUGACUCCACAGCCGCUAAAGAUACGCGCUGAUAUUGAGAUGAAGUGCUUUCAAUUUGAUGGUGUUCUACACAUAAAGGAGGCUAUGAGGAAGGCAGAAGCAGCAGGAAAUGAUGAUUGUCUUGUUAAAAUUAAGCUUGUCGCUCCUCCUCUGUAUGUGCUUACUACACAAACUUUGGAGAAGGACAAAGGAAUAAGUGUUCUAAACAACGCAAUUAAAGCUUGCACUGAAGCAAUAGAGAACGAGAAGGGUAAACUCAUAGUGAAGGAAGCACCAAGAGCUGUGAGUGAGCGCGAGGAUAAGCUUCUUGCAGAGCAUUUGGCUAAGCUACAAUCUGCCAAUGAGGAGGUUGACGGAGAUGUAGACAGCGAAGAUGAAGAAGAUACUGGAAUGGGUGAGGUAGAUGUUGAAAAUUCUGGCAUUGCUGAGUAAACCAAUAACUUCAAAGUUGCAAAAAAAAAAAAAAGGCUCAUCCGGCAUUGCAGGAGAAUCAAAAGUUGCUUUGUUUUUCUUCCAAAAUUAUGAUAGUCGUUUGUUGUAUAGGAUGUUUUUCUUGGAAUUCUGCUAUUUAUCAUUUCACAACAAUGUGAGAAGCAGUUUUGGUUAGCUGCUAAGUCGUUUAUGAAGUUUAGGCUAUUUAUUCUAUA